AUGGCUUCAGUGUACAAGUCGCUGUCGAAGGCCAAUGGCGACAAGGCGGAGGGCUCUGGCGCCCCUGUUCGCAAGAACAGACAGAGGGUCCUGAUUCUUUCCUCUCGCGGUGUCACAUACAGGCAUCGGCAUCUGCUCAACGACCUGGCCUCCCUGCUACCUCACAGCCGAAAAGACACCAAAUUCGAUUCCAAGUCCAAACUGUGGCUCCUCAAUGAGAAUGCGCUUCUUCAGAACUGCAACAACAUCAUGUUCUUCGAGGCGCGAAAGGGAAAGGACCUUUACAUGCACCUAUCCUCUAGCCCGAAUGGUCCUACGUGUAAAUUCCACGUGCAGAACCUACACACCAUGGACGAAUUAAACUUUGUGGGCAACUGUUUGAAGGGAUCCCGGCCAAUUCUUAGCUUCGAUGCCGCGUUCGACAAGGAGCCGCAUCUCCGAGUUGUCAAGAAUCUCUUUACGAGGAUAUUUGGGGUUCCAGAGGGUACUCGAAGGUCGAAGCCAUUCAUUGACCAUGUGAUGGGCUUCACCGUGGCCGAUAACAAGAUCUGGGUCCGGAACUACCAGGUCAGCGAGGCCGAGCCGACAGAGAAAGAUAACGGGUCCGAGGGAGAGCUAAAGUCGAGUCACCGAGCCAAGAGCAAGGAAACGGAGAUCAACCUCGUCGAGAUAGGUCCUCGAUUCACACUCAGUAUUGUGGUCAUUCAAGAGUCGUCCUUCGGAGGCCCCAUCAUCUACUCCAACAAGAUGUUUGUAUCGCCGAAUCAAGUACGUGCCGAUCUGCGGAGGGCAAAGGCUGGACGGCAUAAUGUCCGUGCCGAGAAGCAGUUCGAGAGGCUGUCAAAGAAGGGCGAGCUAGGGCUGAGGACUGAUGUGCGUCAAAAGCGGAAGAGCAGUGGCCUGGAUACUGCCUGCUUGUCACCAACACUCGGGCCUCUUCUUCGCGAGAGGGAGCGGGCCCGGGGCUUCAUUGAUGCCAUGCCUGUCAAGCAGACUCAUCACGCAUCCACUGGCUCAGUCGCCACAAGUCAGAUCUCGCUUGCCGGCACAUCGACUAAAGCUUUGGAGCAUGUCCCGGCUGAGGUCUUUGUGGAGAUAUACAAGUGUCUUGACCUGAGCUCAGCUUUGAAUCUAGCAGCAACUGGAAGGAGAUGUGCUGCCAUCUUCAAAUCGCACAGGCCAUACAUCGUCCUUGAAGCGAUCAAGGAGGACUUCGGCCCUGUUGAGGAGCUUCUGCAGCUGGUUGUCUUGACACCCUCUGACCUGCGAACACCCUGGGGCACGUGGCUGAACAAGCCGCUCCGGAGGCAUAAGAGAAUCUUGUGUGAGGGAGGGACUUUGCCGGAAGGCUGGCCAGCCUUACAAGGGCGGCUUCUGUAUGAACAGAUCCAGCUGGAAGACAAGCAUGUGGAAAAGCUUCUCUCCAUCUGUAAAGUUGUCAAGGGAUGGGAAAGGAUCUAUCCCCAGUACCGCUUCCAUGACGUUCCCAUGUCGAAACGGAGCCUUACUGCGACCGAGAAUGAGAGGUUACGCCGUGCCCUUUAUGCCUGGAUGCGCUAUGCAUUCUACUUCCACGGCGAUCUACCGCGUCCGCUUCCCUACAUUGCCUCGGGAACGGAUGUACGUGUCAACCAGCUGCGAUGCUUGUCCAAUAGACGACUCCGGGAAUUGCAAGAUCUCUGGAUGACGGUCCAAGACAUCAUCGAGCUGAAGCUCUGCCCGUCCAUUGAGACAAUCCAAGUGAACACGGACUUCGAGUUGACAAGAACGGAAGCCUCGCGGAUCGGCUGGGGUGAUGGGCAAGAAAACCAGAAAGUCAUCGCCACAAUGAGCAAGCUCAGCCCUGCAGAGCUGCUGUUUUAUGUUGACAACUCACACAAAUACACCAAGAAGCGACUCAUUCAGGAGAUCCGUGCCAAGCAUCCGUCGUUCGAAUCGGACACCGAGACACUGGGCAUUGCGCUCUCGUGCGUCUACUCAGAACGCUACGACACAAUUGUGGCCGAGUAUGGAGCGCCGCACCACGUAAUGAGCUCCUUGUGGUUCCCCUCACGACCGCUGGGCGACUGCUGCGGGGGGAUCUUGGAUAUGGACGAGCCGGAGCUCGAGGCGACCUCUGCACAGUUGAAGGAGAUGGAUGGGUUGAAGCUCGCUUGGAGAGCCGAGGAUCCCACGCGGGAUGUCAGGGAGGAGGUGCCGACUGGACUUUUGGAUAUCUAA